AAUAUGUAAUUAGCAUUUCUGAUUCGAUUUACACCUUUUAUAGUCUACAAUAGCCCAACACUAAAUCAGUUGUUCCCCUAUGGUAACAAUAUCUGGUAACCUGAGUUGCUCCACCUUUUUUUAAUGUGAAUUAUGCUACUUGAACUACAUUUGUGUGCAUUGUUUAGAAUGGACCAUAUGCUCAAAUCAGCUGGUAUUAGUAAAUCUGGUGUAUCCAAUGGUCAAGUAAUUUACACAUGACGAUAUAACUGAUACAACUGUAGCCCAUAGUCCUUAUUUAGAACAUGGAUGGCACAAGUCACUGCCCGUUUUGAAUGCUGGGUGUUAUCUGAAAGUAUGUCCCCUUCUAAUAACACAUGUCAUUUUUCCUAACAGACUAAUUUGAAAUGGAUGGGAUUGAAGAGGCCAGAAUACAGCUGUCAGAAAUCGAGCUGUUGCUAAGCAUGUUUCCCAGUGAGGAAGAGCUCAUCAUAAAUGACCAGCUGGCAUUUGCAGAACUUCGAGACUAUGUUGAUGGAAGGGCAAAUGACCCCCCUUCUUCCAGGGCACAAUUUACAAUACAGCAAAGGUUAGAAUCUGCUAAUGAGAACAUGGUGAUGUUUUCACUGUCCUGCACCUAUCCUUUGAAAUACCCAGCUGUUUUACCAGAAAUUGUGGUAAGGUCUUCAGAAUUAAGCAGAUCAAAUCAAGCACAGCUACACAGAGAUUUAAACGCUUACUUGAAUGAGAACUGUUGUGGAGAUGUGUGUGUUCUGACUGCAGAGUGGCUCAAAGAAAAUGCAUCUGUUUUCCUUAAUAAGGACCCUUCUCCAGCUGUAAAAAAACAAGCAGACACACCAUUGAAAGGUAGUAUUUUUACAAGGCUCUGGAUCUACAGCCACCACAUUUAUAACAAGCAGAAAAGGAAAAAUAUACUGGAUUGGUCCAAGGAACUUAAGCUAACCGGAUUUAGCAUGCCUGGGAAACCGGGCAUUGUGUGUGUGGAAGGGUCUCAAAUAAUCUGUGAUGAGUUCUGGGCAAGGCUCCGACGGCUAACUUGGCAGAGAAUCUUAAUUCGCCAUAGAGAAGACAUUCCUUUGGAUAAUAACUGUGUAAAUAUUGAUGCAGAGCUAGAAAAACAAAGGAGAUUUACUGGGUUUGAAGAAACCAUUUUUGACAUUCGUGGAAGCAGAGGAAAUCACAUGGACCUAGGACAGCUCUAUCAUUUUCUGAAUGAAAAGGGCGUUGGAGAUGUUUUUCAGCUGUAUUUUGGAAUUGAAGGAAGGUAGCCUGAGAUUGUGAUUACAUCAUACACACUCUGUCUACCGAGAGCACCUUUGAAAACUGGAAUGGAAACCCCAGAAGCAACCAUUAACAAGUUUAUCUCAUUUUACCGUGGUUAGUUUCAACAAUAAUACUUGGAAAAUCUGAAAGUUGUUAAAAAGUGCUUUCUAACAAUCUGGUAGAGGGUGAAAAAAAAAUCCAAGUCUUAAAACAUUACAAAAAAAUAAAAUAAAUGUAUUUCAUGUUAGUCUUUAGAAUAUUUUUGGUAUGGUGGUUCUAAUUUAUGGAAAUUGAUGUGAUUUGAACAAGUAACAUUUUAUGAUAAAAACCUCUCUUGUUCUAACAUUCUGAAGACUUACAAGAUGUCUAAUAUUCAACCAAGAUACAUUUUUA